UUUCUUUAAUAAUGACAGAAUCAAACGAAUUUGUUCCAACACUUUCUCUUUAUUCUAUCGACCAAUCAGCUCUAUUAAAGCGAUGCAGAACUUUGAUUGAAAAAUUUAUAUCUCUAUAUAACAGUCCACCAGAUUUUAUUGCCCGAGCACCAGGCCGAGUUAAUCUUAUUGGAGAACAUAUCGACUAUGCAGGUUUAGGUGUUUUACCAAUGGCUAUUAAUAAUGAUGUAAUUAUUGCUGUUAAUUUUUCAAAUAAGAAAGGUACAAACGUGAGAUUAUCAAACAUUCUUGAUGAAAAAUAUGAGCAAAGAUGUUGGGAUUUUGAAGGAAAAGACAAAAUUGUUGAAAUUAUUGUUGAAGAUGGCGUAUCUGAAUGGAGUAACUACUUUAAAUGUGGUUAUAAGGGUAUUCUUCGACAUCUUGGAAUUGACAAUCCCGUUGGAAUGGAUUGCCUAGUGGACGGGAUUGUACCAAUAGGCGCUGGGUUAUCUAGUUCUUCAUCAUUUGUUUGUUGUGCCGCUUUGGCUACAAGCCUUGCUAAUAAUGCUAUAUUGACCAAAAAACAAAUUACUGAGAUAUCUAUUGAAUGUGAAAG